AUGCCUCAGGAACGUCAGCGAGCUCGGGAUUCGAGCAAGGAUGAUGCUCAAUUCAUCAUUAUUGUCAAGGAUAUUCCUCGUCAGUGCAGAUGGCAAGAACUCAAGGAUAUGACUCGACAUCUUGGAGGAGAACAAAGCUUAAAGGCGGAGGUGUUUGAACUCCGUGAUGGGUCUCAACUUGGGCACUGUACGGUCAAAGGGAGGACCGCUGCGAAUCAGGUCUAUGAGGGGUUUCUUCAAAAUGGUUGGAAUGGUCUUUCUGUCUUUGUCUCAUUGGCCAUCCUCGAGAAAGGAGCCUUGACGUCAAUUGAAGGACCGAAGAAAACAGUCGGCAUGGAUCAGGCACGAUCAACCGACGUGCGGUACUCUUGUGCUCAAGAAGCCUCUGCUCUGCACAAUCAUGUUGGCACUAUGCCCUACACCAGCUCAAAUACUCAAACUGGGUCUACAAGCUAUGGCACACAAUACAGUUUCGACCCCGGUAUGACAUCGUCAACGUCAACACCUAAUGGACUGCCACUGUAUGCGUCUGGAAUGACCAAAUAUCCAUAUCCAUACCAGAUUGCACCAGCAUACAACACAACUCCUGUUCGUGGAGAUUACCCAACAUCACCAACCCAUUAUGCUCCGAGCUAUCCCACAACCACAGCAUUCAGCCAACCCACAAGCAAAUCCCGACCACCAGUGAAUGAUGGGACCUCUGUUUUCCUCUCCGGCCUCCCCUACUACCACUCUGAAAUCGAACUACGCAACACGCUCCGUGCCUACGGACAUCUCACCUACCUUGAGAUCCACCCAGAUAGCCGUAAACUGGGCAAAGGAAAAGGCACGGCACGUGCACGGUUUCAAACACCCCAACAAGCCCUGACUGCGAUCCGAGGCCUCGACGGACGGAGCAUCGGCGGACGCAAAAUCAGCGUGAAACAAGUCAAAGACGACAUCGGCUCAGGAUAUUCCACAACCAACACCUCCAAACCCGUUUCCGACAACAGGACCACCCAGGUGUCCAUCUCGUCCCAGAAAAAGAUCCACAAGCGGAGUAAAUCCAGCGGCGGUGCGGUGUCUUCGUCGACAUCGACGGACAAAAGCCACGGCACCAAGGCCCACCACUCGUCCAAUACCGGACCGCUGGUGGUGAACGGCGCGCGAAGCUCUGGGAGCCGGCGCAACAGCAGGGAUGCAGCGAGUGAGAGUGACGAGAGUAGUGAGGACUCCAACUGCGAAAGCUCCGAUAACAGCUCGGACGACGAGGAGGACGAAGAUGAGCCGAAGCUCAGUAGUGCGAAACGUGGUAUGUGUCUUCUCUUCCCAAAGUUCCCCUUUCUGGCUCUCUACCCACCUCAUCUCCCAUUAAUCCAUCCACCCCCUACCUGGUCAAGCCUCGUCGAUCAAAAAACUAAGAUUUAUUCUCUUCCUCGAAUGUAG